AUGAGGCCUGACCUCUUCACUGUCGUCCGUCUUCGCGCCGAGGUUGCGCACGCUGCGCAAUGCUUCCGCCUCACGGUCAUUGAGCUCAAGUCGCUUGACGCAGCGCCCGACGUGGCGUUUGACGCGCUCGACGAGCUCGACGGCGCUCACAGGCUCGAGAUUCUCUGGUACGAGGCGCCCUCGCCGCCCUCAACGCCCGGCCGUCCCACCGAGCGCCCCCCACCGCCAAAGCCCACGAAGCCCACGAAGCCCACGAACCCCACGAAGCCCGCGAACCCCGCGAAGCUCGGCCCACCGCCUCACGCGACCCCCACCGGCACACUGGCUUUCCGUCUGUGGUCGCCGCUUGCAGCGGCGGAGGCCGUCGGCCACGUCGACCCGGAUGGCCUCAAAGGUCCACCUGGAGGGCCCCUCAAGCCUAGCCGGCCCAGCAAGCCGCUGCUGGUCGGCGCUGUCAACGUCUCUGAUACGGCGGCCUACGCGCGUGGUCGGGCCUGA